AUGGCAAGUAAUAUAGAGUUGUGUUCUGAUGAAGGAGGUCAAGAAAUGGAAGAACACAGAGAGGACUGCUUCAUAAUUGACCUUUCAACAGGUCAAAGGUUGAAUGAGGGUAUAACAGAGAUUGAGGAUAAAAUGUAUAAAAGUGAUUCUGAGAAGGAUGAAAAAGAAAAUGAUUCAAGAGAGGCUUUACAAACUUUCAAAAGAAAAGAUUCAUCAGAAAAUAUUGUCAUAGAGAUCAGACCUACUGCCCAAACCCCCUCCCCACCCCCUGAAGGAUUGAGGAGGUCUGGCUCCAUGGAGAAUGUGUCUGCUAAAGAUUACUUAGUAGUAAGAGCUAAUCGGAAACUGAAAAUCAAACAGAAAAAUCUGGAAUUACAAAAUGACACUUCUUAUGAUAUAGAUAAUAAAUUCAAGUUCCCAACUGAAUCAGCAACUUCUGGUACAGAAAUCCCAUCGGAAUCAGGUUCAGGGACUAUUUCACAAAGUCAAGACAGUUGUUCAGAAAAUGAAAAAGUAGUUUCUCAAGAACUGAAAGAAAGUGCAUGUUUUCAAAAUGAAAUAACUAGUCAAGUGAAAAAUCAAGAUGAACUGAUUGAACAACAGCAGAAAAGUGUUGAAAAAGAUCAAAUGGAAAAGGAAUACACACAGGUAGAAAAGCUUGCUGAAGUUGUGGGUAGUGAAAUGGAAUGUUCUCCCAAUUUCCAAGAAAUUGAAGACAAUGGAAAUGAAAAAGCACAAGGCACUAGAACAGAUAUGGAGCUCAGUACAGAUAAUAUACCUGAAAACCAAUCGGAUUUCACAGAGAAACUUGAAACAGAUGAUGUUAACAACCUAAUAGAAACAAACAAUGCCCAAAUAAAGGAAAAAAUUCAUCCUUAUCCAAGUAUGAUAACAUCUGUAUCUGGUGAUGAAAAGGGCUCUAGUCCAUUUUUCCUGUCAGAUGAAGAGGAGGGAGACAAUAUUCAAGUUGCCACAUUUUGUAUGCAGAGUUUUGAUGAUGAUAUUGAUGAACUUCUCAAAGAUAUACCAGAGGAACAGAGUGAAGAAGAAAUAUCUAAGCCUGGGAACAACCACAAAGAAAAAAAUGACAAUAAAAUGGAAUGUUCCUCCAAUUUCCAGAAAAAUCAGCCUUCUGCCUUAAAUGACACUUUUUUGCAACAAGAUGACUCUAUGCUUAAAAAUCUACAUGAAAAUGGAACAUUUGAAAGUCCCCAGAGUAAUGUUGCUGGAGAAGAUUCUUGCAAGCCAAAAAAUUCUUCAUUUGAAAAUGAGGAAAUAACAAAUAUUUCUACAGAGCAGAGUUUAUCACAGCUUGUAAAUGAAACAACUUGUGAAGAUCAAUAUGCAGCUUCUUCUACGGAAGCUUCAAGUGAGAAAACAAUUUUAUUUGAAGAUAACAAAGUUAAUGAAUUGUCAAAUACAUCAACAUUAGAACCAAAAGAGAGUGAUCUGAAAAAUGAUGAGAAUCCCAAGACAUACUCUUCAGAAAACAAGGGAUCAGUAUGUGACGGAUAUGGCACUGCAUGUGUGUUUAAGACAAUUUUACCAAGUGAAUCAAUUUGUAGCAAUCUAUCACAUGAAGUUUGGGACAAAACAAUAGCCCCCGAUACCAAAUCUACAGACAAUGUUAGUAAUACAAGCUCACAGAUCAGUAUGCUUGCAAGUAACUCAGACUUAACAAAUACAAAGAGUGAUUCUGUUCAAGUGUACAACUUUGAUACCAAUUCACAAAAGCAGGAAUUUGAUAUAGAAGGAGCAUCAAACCUAUUUAAUUCUACAGAAAAUCAAAAAGCAAAUGAUUCAGAGACUGAGUGUUUCAAUGCAGGUCUGCAAACAGAUCAACUUCAAGAUGCACAUCUCAAUACUGAUGCUUCAAGUAAAGAUCCUCAAGACACCCCUGUGAUUAAAAACAUAAAUACUGAAAGCUCAAACUCCACCCUUCAGCAUACAAGCUCAACUGAAAUUUUCAAGUCAGACAUUUCAUCAAAAAAGUGUUCACAUGAAGAUCUAGAAAGCACUAGCUCAAGUGAAGAACAAGUGAAAAAUGCUUCAGAUAAUACAACCUCCUCAAUGGAACAAUUGCCACUAACUGAAUCAAAUCAAACCAUGUCACCUAAAGAGAAAAAUACACUUUCUGAAAGUAACUUGAUUAAGAACAUUACCCCUGAAAUGAAAAGCAACUGCCUUGCAUCUCAAAGUAAGUCAACACCUAAAAACAACAUAACUAGCAUCUUAGUUCAAACUUCAUCAUCUGAAAACGAAUGUCCUGAUAGAGACUUAUCUAAAGCAAUAUUAACACCUGAUUGUGACUUAACUAAAACCAAGUCAACACCCGAUAGUGACUUAACUAAGACCAUGUUAACACCCGAUAGUGACUUAACUAAAACCACGUCAACACCCGAUAGUGACUUAACUAAAACCAUGUCAACACCCGAUAGUGACUUAACUAAAACCAUGUCAACAUCAGAAAACAAUAUCAAUUGUUUUGGAAAUGAUUCAGAUGUAAAGAAUGUAUGUGUGAUUGUGUUAAAGUCUGAAAAAGAUGUAGAAAUAAUAGCUCCAUCAUCUGACUGUAGUGAGUGUAAUGCAAAAGAAACUCUAUCCUCUGACUUUUCAAAUGAGGUGCCAGAUAAAUGGGAAUCUUUCAGUACGUCAACAAAAUCUUCCAAAGAGGCUGAUUCCUCAGAGUCAGAUGAAGAGGGGAGAUUUGAAAUUGCUCCAGUAGAUCUCACUUCUUGCAUCCUUUCAGAAUCAGACCCUGAAUCUCUGAAUGAAAAACAACCAGAGAAUGAAGGCAACAGCAAUUUUGAUGUUCUAAAGCAUGAGCUUCUGAAGAAUAUAAAACUAAAAUCAUGUACCAAAACAGACUCUGUGACAACAGAUGGUGACUUUGAAGUGGAAGAAAUCAUGAGAAAUGAAGUCAUUAAUGAUUCGGAACUGUUCCAACCAAUAGCUUCGGUAGCUGCAGAGAUUUGUAAUGAAUUUACAGAUGACUCUAAAGAGGCUGUUUUUCUGGAUGAAGCACCUGCUGAAGACAGAGAUCAGACACUGGGUAGAUGGUCUGACAGCUAUCUGAGUGGAUGUACUAGUGGAGAAUCUGUGUAUGAGGAUGCCACAGAUUCAUCUGGAGAAGACUACACUACAUGGGACACAUUCCAGUGCUCUCUGACUUUGCAGGAAUCCUUUACAGAGGCAGAGAAAAAGGAAGUUCCUCCUGUCAAAAUUGUUGAGGUUCCAUUUGAGGAAAUUCAAGAUGAUGAGGGAGAAAUUGAUGAAAGCAAGCAAUACAAGACUGUUAUCAAUCUUGAUUCACUACAAGAGAAAACACAAGUUCAAAAUGAGACAAAAGAGGAUGAAGAGCCCAUCAAUUGUGAAAACAAAUGUGUAAUUGUUAUCGACAAGAAACCAAAUGAAAGGGAAAGUUUAAAUUCUGUUCAGCCUGUUGCUAGACUGGAAGAAACAGCUUCAUGUAUGAUGGUAGUGCCUUGGAGAAAGAGAACCCAAACAUGUCCAUGCAUUUUGAAAAAGAAACGCCUUCAGGUCAUGGCUAAAAAGUAUGUCAAAGGUCAUGGCCAGGCCAGUCUUGUUAAUCAACGCAAAAAAUUAUACGAUAUAAUUCAUAGUCUUAACAAAAAAGAGACUAUCAGUUUACCUAAUGCCUCAGACUUUGACAAUGACAUGAUAUGGAGGUUACUGAAGACAUUAAUCAGUCCUAAAGAAAACCUAUUCUCUGAAAAUGAGGCAGAAAAAUCUGCCAGUCCCUCUUCCAAUACAGAGAAGGAAGAUCUGGUUAAAGUCUUCACCUAUUUACAUCCCUCCUCAAACAAGACCAAAUUUGAAUUCAUUCCUUUGAAAACUCCUAGGAAGAAAACACUGCCUUUCAGUGUGAAGGAAUUGUUUAACAAGGAAGUCACCAAGGCCAGGAAGAAGAAAGAAGUCAGCAGAGGGCUUAUUUUCUUAAAGAUGGUCACCGGGAAAAAUAUGUUUAUCAAGGAAAAGGGUUCCCCAAAGAACAAAAUGUCAAAAAACAAAGACAGCAAAGACACAGAUGCCACCAUCAAGAGUCCAAAAAUGUUCAAAAUGUCUUCCACUCAACUGGUUCUGCCCAAGUUGAAUUUGAUUGGUCGAUCGCCCUGCCCAAGAUCCUCUGCCCCAUCACCCAAAGAGCUCCUAGAAUCCAGUCUACUCAGCAAAAAGUCCCAAGAGAUUGAGGAAAUGAGCCAUGAUGCAUCCCCUACCCUCAACAAUAUGCUGUCUGUGGCUUUGGAGAUGCUCCACACUUCACGACUCGAUGAUGCUGAAAAUCAGCUCCUGCGGUUAUACCAAAGAAUGCAGGAAAAACCGGAGGACAACACCAGAAUCCUGGUGCAGUGUUUGUCCAACCUGUCGGAUAUCUGUGUAAGACGCAGUCGCAUGUGUCGAUCUAAUCAGAUGGAAUGGCAGUGGUUAGUGAUGCAUGCAAUUGCUCUGUUACAAUAUACUGUGGAAAUCUGUGACUCAGAAAUAGAGGCAACCACAGACAAUCAGGAUGUGGAAUGGUUCCAGGAGUACCGCCAAAACAUAGUGACAAAAUGUAAGCCUCUUGAGGACAGCUUUAAUCGAGCUCUGUACAACUGCCUGAAACAUGAGGGCAGAAAAUUCAUGGAUCCUUUUCGAUCAUUUUCUUUGCCAAACACUCCUACAAUGCCAAACAGACUUGGGUUAUUCCCACUUGCUUCUAGUCACCAAUUUUACAUUAAUCCUGGACUCAAUUACAAGUACUCUUCCACACUCAAUAGAGAGAAAAAGGAAACUGUAGAUGAUAUUAGUGUAGGAUUAGACUGGUUGUCCAAGUUUUACCGAUACUGCAAUGAUCGUCUGCAGACUAAAAAUCUGGGAGACAUUUAUAACAAACUUUUCAAGAAAAGAUCACGUGUUGACAGUCUGCGACAUGAAGAUGACACAGAAAGUGUUGUGUCUGAUUCAGCUGGAUCGCUGGACUGGGACCAUAGUGAUCUUCAAGGAAUUGAUGAACUGGAAUCAGAAGAACCCGAGGAGUCCCCAGUCACUGAGCAAACUUUCGCUUUAGCUGUUGCUGAGUGUGAUAUGGAACAUAAUGGGUGGGAUUUUUUCUUAAAUGAGAGAAAAAAUUGCAAAUUUACAAGUGUAGUGCAAGUGGCAUCUCAAAAUCAAAAUGAAACUGAAAAACUUGAAAAUAGGGCAAUAUCAAAAACGAAAGAAAAUGAAAACGAAGUGAAAGAGAAGGAAAUUAUUUCACCUUUACAUGAGCAUAGCAUUAAACAUACUCUAGCAAAAUCCUAUGCCAGACUAGCUGAGAAAAUGCUUUCAGAGGGGGAUUUGGACAAAGCAGAAGUUCUCUUUGAACAAGUCUUGAACAUAAUUGAAGAGAUUCAUGAUGGAACAGCAGGAAUGUUGAGGUUUGGUGCAAAAAUCAGUAAAUUUCUAGGAACAAUCAAAUCAAAACAAGGAAAAACAGCAGAAGGACUUGAAUAUCUAAACACAGCACUGAAAACCUACAGAGACCUUCAAGAUAAUGCUUCCAACUACGAGAUUGCAGUUGCUUUACUAGAACUAGGAAAUGGGUAUAGUGUGGGCAAAAGCAAUGAUGAUGGUGUGUUUGAGGAUGCUAUUGCAGCUAUCUGUGAGUUCUUUGAAAAAGAUCUCUCAGAUGAAAAUAUGAGUUCUAGCUCAAGUUCUGGGAAGUCUGACACAGUGAACUCGAGGACUGCAGAGGAGGAGGAGAAUAUUGAGGAAGCCAUUCACUGUUACCGGGAAGCUCUGUCACUCCUAGAUGCAUAUGGAAGUGAAAACCAAAUGGAUAUUGUGGCCAAAUCUACCAUGAGGUUAGGAGACUGCUACUUUAUGCAGAAGGAUUAUGACAGAGCAUUAGAAUGUUAUGAAAAAUCACUUUCUCUUUUUCAUUCUUCAAGCACGCUCGGACGUGAAUCUAUGAUAGAGCAUGCUCAUGUUACCUGUAUGGUGGGUGUUUGUUCAUUCAUGUUGCACAUGUAUCCUAGAGCAGUAUCUACCUUUGAACUAGCACUGCACCUCAUUAAAUAUGCCUAUGGGUUGACAAGUACUUUUAUACAUGCACUCCUUCUUUCGAUGAUGGGAAUUACAUAUUAUAAAAUGAAAAACUAUCACAAAUGUGUAACCAUGUGUUAUCAGGGCUUUGAGAUCUUCUGCAGCAUUUAUGGAGAAAAACUCCCCACUCUACCAAAAAGGAAAUUCUGGUUGGUGUGUCAAAUACUGUAUGUGAUGGGGAAUUCCUACAACAUCCUGAAUUUACAUCAGAAGGCUGUGAAAUAUCUGACUGUGGCAAGAACAUUGAUGAUGGCUUGCAAGAUGAGAGAAAGAAGACAGUUCAUGCGAGUUCUUCAAGUGUUGGGAGACUGUUACUUUGCACAGUAUGACUAUAAAACAGCUUUACAGUUCUAUAAUGAGGCACUGGAGUAUGGAGACUGUGAAAGUCAGGUCUCGUUUGAUGAAGUGUUUGAUCCAAAUGCCAUUGGUGACAACAUGACCAUGCACAAUCAGCUUGUGAGCAAGUCUGCGGAGGCUCACAUCAGCAUGCAGCAGUAUCAGAAUGCAGUCCACUAUCUAGAACAAGCACAUGACAUGCAAGAAGACAUGGGGAAUGAUAUUAAGGAAGAUCUUAUACAUACUCUGACACAACUGGGACAAAUGCACUCCAGUGCUGGCGAUGUUGAGCAAGCUAUUGACUCUUUCAAUGAAAGCCUAGAGGUAUAUAGAGAAAUUCAUGAUGGAAAACUGGGUAAAGAAAUGUGUUCAACUUUGGGUAACCUGGCCACAAUGUGUUAUGUAAAAGCUUGUCUCUGUGAGGAGAUUGACAGUGAACUAGAAAUGAUCCUCACAACAGAGCAGCAUUUCCAGGAUGCCAUGGCAUUAGAUCUCAAUCCCAGUGUCUGUGUGAAGUAUGCUAACUUCCUGUACAGUCAAGCAAACUAUGAUGAUGCCAUCAUGUACCUGGAAGAUGCUCUGAAGAUUGAAGGGGUGGAAGAUGCUCCUGAUAUAACAUAUGGGGGUCUGGAAAAGGUGACCCUCCCUGACUGUCUACAGGAUGAGGUGGACUCCCAGGAAGAAGUGGUUCUGUCCCCUACAGUCCUUGCACGCUACCUUCUCAUCCUAUCCCAUAAAGCAAUGCACCAGUCUGAAUCAGCCAUGCAGGCCCUUACUGACCUUCAGGCAGAUGUCCUUGACCGAGAUAUUCCCAUUUUCUACUCUGUCCUUGGUUAUGCUAUGAUGGAGAUGUCCCUGUUUGAGGAAGCCAUGUGGUGUUUCUCUUGUGCGGUAGACAUUGAGAGUGAUUACAGACUUGCACUAGACAACUACAGUUUGUGUUUAUGUAUUUAUCUUUACAAAACAUUUAUUAAAGGAAUUGAAGCUAUUUGUCAACAUGCUGGAUUACCAUGCUACUACAAUAUGUAGUUCAUUCAGUUAUCUCUAAAUUGUACAGAAUUCAUCCAUGAUCAACAGUCAAGGCAAAGAGAGUCUUCCAAUUUUACAAUGUUAUUUAUAACUCAAACAGAAAUAAUCAGUAUUGUUUCUAAAUGAACCACUGUAGCAACUAAGAAAAGUAUUUAAGAGUAACCAUAGUAACAAUUAAGGAAUGUAUUAGAGAAUACCAUAAACCCACUGUUCAAUUCAGAAUGCUGUUAUAUAUUUUGGUAUUAUUUCUUGACAACUAUUUUUAUUUGAAUAAAUUAUGUUGUCUGCUGUGUACUGUAUACAGGGAAAUUUUUGCCCCCACUUUAUUUUUGCCCAGUUCACCCUCUUUGUCAGUUGAGUGAUUCAAAUUAGAGUGAAUUCAACAGAGACAGUUUCUCUCUAAAGUAUCACAACUGUGUCUGGGCGAAUUUAAAAUGGGGCUAAUUCUUUUGCAUGUGUGAUCAGUCAAAAAUAACACUGGGCAAAAAUAACACUACUGUAUAUAGUAUGUACUCAAAUGAAGCUGCCAAGUAAUUCUCAUGUUUAUGUAAAUUUAAACUAGUGCAAAUGACUUUCAAGCUUUUUAUAUGCAUUAGUAUUAUUAAUGCUUUUUAGACAGGGUCAUUAUAUCUUUAAAUGUAUAUCCUUUACUCUGUGAUAUGAACUCAGCAUUUCUUGGACAUAUAUUUGUUGAAAAAAUAUAGAAGCUUUAAUCAUGUUAAUGUGCACAGUUGUUUUUUUUUCAACUGUUUUGUUUUUGUUUUCUCCUUUAUUACUCGUGUGUAACAAAUAAGUAAGUGCUAAGAGCUUUUGUAUAUGGAGACAAUGUAAGUUCUGUAACAUUUUAUAAUGUCAUUGAUUUAAGACACCCAGAAAAACUAGUCUAUAGUAGAUGGAAAAUGUUAUAUGAAUACAUGGUAUAUGAACUUUUUGGUAUUUCAAACUUUAAAUUGUCAUAUAAUUUUGUGAAAAAUGACCUUUUUAGAGUAAAAUAAAUAGAAAAAAAAAAGUAAAAGCUCUGCUAGGAUCAGACUCCUUAUCUACAGCGUACAAAGUCAAAGCUUAUAAUCAGUAAGCUACCUGGAUACAUAAUAUAGUAGAACGCGGUAAUUUAUUUCAAAUUAACGGUUUAUUUUGCCAUUGUGAUAAUGUUUUUCUUCUUUUAACUAUCCUCUCCUUUGCAGGAAAAACAGAAAAUAAAUCUAAUCUAAAAGGUAUAAUAAAAUGAGAUAUGAUUUUUAGCCAUCCUGUUGCUACAAAUUGAAGAAAAUCUUUUCGAGAAAAAAAAAGUGUCAUUUUAGAAUUUUUAUUCUGAAUUUUAGUAUACCUUUAUAUACAUGAAACAUUUUACACACUGUUUUCAUAUCUAUAAAAAAGCUAUUAAAAUGUUAUAAAAUGUAUAUGUACAUUUCUUUCUUAUCUCUAUGCAAUCAAUCUUGAAAUGAAACUAUUAAAAUACCGGUAUUAAAAAAAAAUCAUGCCAUUUUACAAGGAAAAUGUUUGAAAUGUUGUUACUACAUGUACAAUAAAACUGUUGUU